UUUCAAAGCCAUUUUCAAAUUCUGUACCGCAAAAAAAUUGUUCACUUCAAUAUAAAUUUAAACAAAAAUUGUAACAAGAACUUGUGCCAAAGACCAACAUCUUACAUUAACUCAGCAACAGGCUAAUAAUGUCUGAGGAAUUUCAAAAUUGCACGAAAAGAAGUAUCAUUGCAAGUCGCGCUUAAGGUUAUUUUGGUGGUCAUCCGCUGAAAGAGUAUGAAGCAUUGGAUAAUUGCCAAAAGGUAAGCAAAAAAUCACAUAAAGGUGUGGACUGUGUGGUAAAUCUUAAAAGUUAGGUAAUCGCUUAAAACGAUAUAUUUCGUCAGGGACAGUAUUAGACUUAACGCACGCUGUCGUCAACCGUGGUUUCUUUGUUUUGCAACCAACGCUACAAAUUGCUUGUCUGACGCAAUAUCGAUUGCUUUGUUUUGAUUUGUACUUAGAUCUAUUUUAGCUUUAGAAAAUUACGUAAUGUUUGGUUUUGUUUUGACCUGGUUUCCAUGACCAGGGCUAUUUAGAAAAUUGUAUAAAUUGAGCGCAACUAUCAGUAAAAGUGAGAGAGGGUUUGAGGUUGCCUCACGUAAGAAUGUCAUUCUGUGAGCAUAAUAAUCAUCAUAACCAACGAAAGUGAGUUUUCUUUAGUGUCACUGGGAAUUUGAUUCAGGUAACAGGGCCUUAACUACGACCUUACGAGAUUCCCCACACUAAAAGUGGCGACCCUGCCAGGACCACAUCAAAGACAAGGAUAUCAAGGGCAAAAUGGCAGCUGAGGAAAAAUACAACCAAGAACUAACAACUGGUAAAAUCGUGUUGGAAGACGUUCAAGAGGCUUUGGAGUCAGGAGAAAAGGAGGAAAUAGAGGUGGCCUAUGAAAGAGUCUGCGAAAUCACAAGAAAACUGGAAAUCUCAAAAGACGAAAUCACAGAGGAAAUGCUCGCUGAGGAGAAGACAAUCGAUCAAGUACGGGAAUGGAACAAAGAGCAGAAGGAAAAAAUCAAAGAAUUCCGAAACAUGAGGAAAAGGCUAAAAGAAGAGCUGGAAGGCUUUAGACGAAGAGAGACAGAACAGAAGAAAGAAGACGAGCUGAAGCACCAACGGCGACUUAUAGAAGAAAAAGCAUCAAUUGACAGAAGACGGGAACAAGAAAAGGAAGAGGCAAAAAUCCGUGAACAAGAACGAGAGGAGCGAUGGUACAAUAAAAAAUUGGAAAUGGAGAUGGAACUGGCAAAGAAGCGAAAAGAGGAAGAUGUACAUGUCAAGCCGCAGCAGCAGUCGGUGAAACUUCAGAAGUACACGAUCACUCCAUUCAAGGGAGAUUACAAGGACUGGCUCCGAUUUUGGAAUCAAUUUAUGGUAGAAGUGGAUGCAUCAUGCAUUGCAGAAAUCAGUAAGUUCAAUUACUUGCUAGAAUUGCUAGACGGGAAACCUAAAGAGGACAUCCUGGGCCUACCCCACACUGCAGAUGGCUACGAGGAAGCUAAAAGGAUCCUGCAAAAGACCUAUGGCAAGGACAUCAAAAUACACAAAGCUUUAAUCAAGGAGCUUGAAGGGCUGGAAUCAAUUUCAAGCAUUCACAACACUGCGAAGAUCCACGAUUUCUACAACAAAUUGGCAAGGAUUGUCCGCACUCUGGUGACCAUGAAGAAGCUGGAUAGCGCCCAAAGCUAUGUCUACACGCUAGUUGAUAAGCUUGGAUCGGUGAAAGAAUCUUUGAUUCAGAAGGAUGAUGACUGGGAAAAUUGGGACCUACAGGAACUUGUGGAAAAUCUGGAGAAAUACAUCGACAGACAUCCGUUACCAGUUAGUGAAAUUGGUGGUACCAAGAAGAGGUCUAGCGACUACCAAGCAGAGUGGAAGCCACGAGACAAAAUGAUGUUAGCAAACACAAUGGACAGAGCAAAGGGAAAACAAAACAGUUGUGUCUACUGCGACUAUAACAAUCACAAAAGUUCAGACUGUCAGAAGGUACUUGAUUUGGCUCGAAGGCGAGAGAUUGUGAAGAACAAAAGGCUCUGUUUUAAUUGCACUGGCUAUGGGCACACAGCUUCCAAGUGCAGAUCCAGAGGAUGUAGAAAGUGCGAUAGGCGACACCACACCUCCUUAUGCGAUGCGACGACGCUGAGUAGAGAAGAAAAUGCGAACCAGCAAUCUGAGAUGGGCAAGAGAGCACUAGAUGUCACAACUACCCUUCAUGCGACAAUUUUGGCCAAAGUAAAUGGAGUACCAGCACGUAUUAUGGUGGACAGUGGAUCAAGCAGUUCGUAUAUCUGCACCAGCCUCAUAACGCAGCUACGGUUGAAGCCAGUGGGUGUUGAGACAAAGAACAUUGAGCAGAUGUAUGGCACCGUAAAAAGAAGAUUGGCCGGUUCAACCAGAAAUUGGGGAAAGUAA